UAGUUUAUAAACGUCAAUCGUUCUGGUCGCAUGUUGGUUGCUCUCCAUCAUCGUUGUUUCGUCGUCGUCGUCGUUGUCGUCGGCUAGAAAAGGCAUCUCAUCGCAUCCGUCAAAAAGUAUAUAAUUCUCGUCACUCGUGAAACGAAUCCAUUUUCAACGAAGAAGAACAUUUGUUUGAAAAUUUGUAUAUUUUGAAAAUUCGGUUAGAAAAAAUUGUCUUCAAAAAUAUUUAAAACAAAAAAAAGAAACUGAUAACCCAAGAAAUAUUUAUGAGACUAUGACAAGUAUCUAGAAUCUAGAUACGAGCUCUACGAGUAUAGACUUUCAAAGUAAGAUAAGUCUACUGGCAAAUUUUGUGUGUCUACAUUCAAACAAUCACAUUCGGAUACUCCAUCAUCAGAAGCAGCAACUAAGAUAAAGAAGCUGACACUGUCACCUUUUUAUUCUCUAGUUCUAAUUCAAAUUCUAAAUCAUCCAAUAGAAUAAACACCCGACGGUCGUUCUAUUUAUUUAUUUAUCUCUCUCCCCAAAAACCCCCCAAAAAACCUAAAAAACAACAACACAAAAUUUAUAUCGCAGACGAAUAGACGAGCGAAAUAAAAUAUAUUUUUAUAUUUUUAAUUUUAAAAUUUAAAAUUUUUGAAAUUUACGAACGUCUGAAUCUGAGUCUUCUUUUUCUGUUCUUUGAAAAAUCGACGAAAUACAAAAAAACAAUAAUUUUGAAAAAAAAAAAUUAAAAAAAAUAUUCAAAACUCAAAAAACCGAACGCAUUAAUUUUUCAUUAAAAAGUACUUCUUUGACUUUUUAUCAUUAAAAAAACCAAACAAAAAAUAAUUAGAUUGAAAAUCAACGAACGGUGCUUUUCUCAUUUUCAGCAGAGCAGAGUUCUCACAUAUAGUCGAAUCAGUCGUCGUCGUGUUGAGUUUUCUAUACUACUUUACCGUCUCCGCCGUUCGUCGUUUUCGUAGUCGUAGUCAUCGUCGUUUUUUGUCGAUUUAUAAUUACUCCCGGCUAAAUUUAGAAAACGAGUGUGUCUGGCAAAGAGUCCAAGACGUAUAGUCAAAUAGUAGCAAUCCGCCGGAGCAGCAGCUACGGUAACCAACAGACAGUAGCAGCCCCAAAACAAAAACAACAACAAAAUACAACACAAAAAUUGUAAAAAUUGUACCGCGCGCAUCACCCAUCAUCAAGAAGAAGUAGAUAUAUCUAUGAGGCAGCAUUUACAUCUUCUGUGUGUACUUAGAAUAGAUGUAAGAAAGAGAUAGCGAUAGAGCGAAAGAUUUUCUUCUUCUUUCUUUUUUUAAAAAUUCUUUUUUUUUUUUUUGAAAAACAAACGACUUCUCUUAUAGUAACGAAAUACGCGCUCGCUCAACGCAAACGCAAACUCAAACGCAUCCGCGCAUCGAGUACUUAAUUUUUUCCGCCGUCGAUUUACAGAUCUUUCCCAUCGCGUGUGAGAGAAGAUAAGAAUAAUUUAUUUUUUCUUAACGAAUUCAAAAAAAAUCUGAAAAAGAAAAUCAUCUCAAGUGAUAAAGUGAAGAAAAAUUUGAAAAAGAAAAAUACCAAUUUCAAUUUGUUUUUGAAAAGUUGUGAAGAAAAUUCUAAAAAAAAAUCCAUCGUUUUUUCAUUCAAAAGUGCAUCAAUAAAACUGUGUGUUUCGAAAACCGAAAAUAGAGCAAAAAGUGUUUCAUUCUUUCCCCAUGGACUGUCCGUAUUAUUAAAAAGCAAAAACCCAUCAAAAAUUUUUGAAAAAACAACUCAAAAACUAUCAAAACUAUUUAAAAAAAAAACGGUUUUUGAUUAAGUAUUUUUAAGACCACAAGUUUUUAGUGUGUUGAAAUAGGUCAAAAACCCCAAAAUACAAUUCGAAACCCCUUAAAAGAAAUGCUUAAAAACACCUUUUCGAAAAAAAAGUUCUAGUGCAUCAAACAAAAAAACAAUCUUUAAAAAAUUUUCAAUUAUUAAACCUCCCUUGAAAAAAGAAAAAUGUCAUUCAAGCGAAGACUAAUCAACUGUCAAAAUUUCAAUUAAAAAAAAAACAACAGAAAACACUCUUUUAAAAAAAAAAAAAACUGAUUAAGAAACAAAUUUUUAUUUUCAUAAAAAUUGUUAAAUUGUAACAAUGAAGAUCAUCUAUCGGCACGAUUCCAAUUAUAUUCUGCGACAAUUUACACACACCCGUGAUAUACAUUUGGAGCGCCCUCUAGGAGACAUCACAAAGUGGCACAAGGUCACAGCUUGUUAAAAGGAUUACACCGAGACAGAAAAACCUCAAACUAAAAAACAAUUUUAAUUAAAAAAGUAAAUCAAAAUAAGUUCAAAAACCAAUUGGUUUUGGGACACGCAAACAGAAUAUUUAGUUGAAAAAAAAAAAAUAGAAGAUAAAACCGUGGACUCUUUGUAUUUUAACUUUGAAACGGGGGGUGGCUUCACACGGGACGCCAUGUAUGCGCGAGAAUUGCGCAAAUGGAGUCUAAAGUAUCACAUGUCCUAUUUGUGGCUGUCGGCUAUAGUCACAAUGCUACUCUUAAUAAUCUACUGCCCAAAUGCUACAACCAUGCAUCUGCCAAUAAAUACAAAGACGAGAGAUCCAGCGUUGCGGAUACCUGCGAUUCCAACAGAUAGCACCGGCUAUAACUGGUGGCUGAUGAUGGACAGACUGAGCUCAAGCACCAGCAGCAGCAGCCCCAGUAAUAGCAAUAGACAACAAUUUCAAUUUAAUUCAAACAUCGACAGCAGUAGUAAUCUAAGUAGUAGCAUCAUAAGCAAUAAAAAUAACAAUAUUUUAAAUACUAAUAGUUAUAAAAAUAAUAAUAAUAAUAAUAAUAAUCAUCCGUUAGCAGUAUUUAGUGAUUUAAGAAAUCACAAUGCCAGAGCUAGAGCUCCUGUUAACGAAGCCACCGCCGCCGUAGCCGCAGCCACAGAUAGCAUCCACAAUAAUCACAUCAAAAACCACAAUGUUCCAAAUGCAAAUAGUCAAAUAAAUUUUAACUCCUAUGCGUCAAAUAGUUUAACUAAGAAUGCAUACGACUUUAGUAGUAGAAAUAGUAGGAGAAGCAAUAAAUUAAGAAGACAUACCAACACUCAACCAAAUGCGAAUUACCACAGUCCAGUCCGGGUGGGGUCAAAGUCGGUGCCACUACCGCUGCCGGAGUCGUUUACGACGACAGACAGUCAGACGCAGACUCAGAUUCCCAUCAGCCACAGUCUUAGUCCCAGUCCCAGUCAAAGUCCUGUAGUUCCCUAUACCCUUUUGCCACACCAUUCGACAGUGCAGCGAUACGCAAUCACAGCCUAUCAUGUGCCUCCGGAAUCCUCGCCACCAGCAGUGAUGGAGUUCGAUCAGCAUCGGAGACGGCGACUUCUGUUGCGGCAACAAGCCCGCAACCGGACAAUGAUGCUGGCGGCUCGCAGUCGACGGGAUUCCGCAACUUCCGGGGUGCCGCUUGGGUACCUUCGAAGCGCACCUAUCGGGAGCUACUCGAACUACAAUAACAAACACAAAAAACAUCAUCACAACAGAAACAACAAUAACAACAACGGUAACAGUAACAAUAACAACAAUAACAAUUAUCAUCACAACAACAAUCGCAAACGACCGCGUCGCUAUUGUUCAGCUCGAGAUCCCGCGCAGCUAGCUUUCGAAGCUCCGACCGUCUUCGAAGGCAAAAUCAUCUCGAUGACUCGUGAUCGUCGAGCGAACUUCUCGGCCACCGUCGAAGUGAAGGAGGUCUUCAAGAAGCAAAUCGGAUUUCGGCUGCAGAAGUAUCUACGGCUGAAAUUCGCGUAUCGUAAUUCGAGCGCCGAAUGCGACAUCUAUCGGGAGUUCUUGCGGCCGCGCGGUCUAGUUCGCGGCGAUGAACUAGAACAGGGACGGAUCUAUGUGAUGUUUGUGCGGCAAAUCGAUUCGAGUAAUUUCACAAUUUUGGGCCAACCAAUUCGAAAGACACAGCACGUUAUUCAGGCGGUUAAAAAAGCUGUGAGCGAUAAAUAUGCACAGCUCGCAUCGAUAAAGUCAAUAACAGCCAGCAAUCAAACUGUGGAAAAUGGCAAGGAAUUGCGAAUUGUGUGCAAAGUGCAAGGACAGCCCCCGCCAAAGGUCACAUGGUUUAAGGACCACAAAUCGAUAAAUCGAAAUAGGAGACUGUAUCAAUUCAUUCAUUAUAAGAGGAGAUCGGAACUGAUUAUAAGAUCUUUUAAUAGUUCAGAUGCUGGGACAUACGAAUGCCGAGCGAAGAACAAGGUUAAUCAAAAUCUGGAGAAGAGAAGUUUAGUGAUAAAGGCUUAUCCCAUGCCACGAUAUAAUACACCCACGCAGCUGUCCGGUGGAAAGUGUCCAGAAGAUGCAUAUGAGUUUUGUUUCAACGGAGGCACUUGCAUGUUUUUCAAGGAAAUUGGUUCCUACUCAUGCGUUUGCCCUGAAGGUUUCAUCGGAGAGCGCUGCGAUCGUAAGGAAGUCAACAACAUGCCACCCAUUCCAAGGACACAAUUUAAUGCUGACGGUUUCAUGGCGGAUGACCCGAAUUCUUUCGACGAUGACAUUGCCAGCAACGAUUCCGACGAAAUUAACGAAGACGAUAAUGAAGAUAAUCAUGAAGAUGAAGAUGAAGACGACGAUUUUUAUAAUCCACUAUCGAAUGAUCAAUUUUUUUUUAAUAAACUAACUUAAAGUUAACAAAAAAAUUAAAUUUAUUUAUCGAAUGCAGUUAAUUUAACGAAUUCCAUGUAAAAAAACAAAAACAAAAUACUAAAACUUAAAAAAGAAUAAAUAUAUGUUAAUAAUCGUACUUAAUUAGAUAUAAUAUAAAAUACAUAUAUUUAUAAACAAAAUAGAUACCAAAGAUGUAAUAUAUAUUUUUCGAUAGAACACAUCAAACAUUUAAUUUUUAUUUAAAUGUUUUAAACUUACAUGACAUUUAUCUUGUUCUUUAUGUAUAAAAUAAUUGUUUUUAUUUAAAUAGAAACAUUUAAUUUUAACUUUUUUUUUAUUAAUUUUAAGAUCAAUUAAAGUAUAAAAUAAUUUAAUAAAUAAAAUACAUUGCAAAACAAAAUGGACUUCCAAGUUCGAAUGUUAAGUAAGUUAAGGCGAUAUAUAUCUUUGUUUCUAAAUUGUUAUACCAGUACAAUGUUUUCUUUUUUAGGUAAAUGUUUAUAUAUUUUGUUGAAAAUAAAAUACCUAAGCAAAACAAAAAAGAAAUAUAAUAUAACGCUAAGGCUUUAAAUUCAAGCAUAAAAAUAAAAAUAAAACAAAAAUGUCUUUUUAAACAAUUAAAAGCAUUUGUUAAGCUAGCUUUUGGUUUAUUCUGAUGUACUACUGUCAGUAAAACAUAGCACUAUUGACGCAUUUUAUUAUUAACCGAAAUUCCUAUCUCUUAUUUAUUUUAUAAACUAUUUUCUUUUGUAGUUUCAAGGGAUAAAUUAAUCAACUAAUUUGUUUUCCUAAGCCUAGUAUAAAGGACCUUUACUUUGUCGCUUGAUCUCUUGAUCAAGUUAAGUCCUCCUUUUGACAAUUGCUGUCUCUGUCAAUUUUAUACAUAAAGUUAGAGAUAGAGCAAUAUAUUCAAAACGACUAUCAAAAAAUAGACAACCAACCUUAAGCUAUUUUGCUUUAGAUUGAAUAAAAAGUCUAUUUUAAUCUCUAAUUUUGGAGUUAGAAAUAUUGAAGUAUUACGAUUGUUGGACCGUAUGUCAAAUUUGUUCCGCCAAAUAAUACUUUAAUUGAAUUUGUCUUGAAUAAUUAACUGAAGACUUUUGGAUUCACAUUGACAGAAACCUUAGAAAUGCUCACGUAUUGUUGUGCCGAAUGUAAAAUUUGUUCCGCCAAAUAAUACUUCAAACUGAAUUUGUCUUGGAAAAUGAAUUGGAGACUUUUAGAUUCACAUUAAUAGAAAUGUUAGUCGAAAACAUUGUUGAAAUCAUAUUAGAUGGAUAGAAAUAGAAGAAUUUAAAUUCAGAUUAUAGGAAAUCGGAUUUAGAGCUUAUGUAUUUAUUAUCAAGAAAUAAAGGUAACAUACAAAAUAUAAUGAGAGUUUCAAAAUUUAAUUAGAUUUAAGAUUAAUUUUGUUAACAAAUAAAAAUUAACUUUGAAGGACAA